AGACAAACAAGCAGAGAGGGUUUAGCAAGUUUAGCCGCUCCCCUAGGGUUUAACAAACAGGGCCUCUGCUGCUGCUUCUUGGCUCGUUGUUGCUCCGCUCGGUGACAUCCCCGAAGCUCGACUCCUUCCGCCGCCUCCCCUCUAUCUCUCCCUCUCUCUCUCUCUCUCUCUCUCUCUCUCUCUCUCUCUCUCUCUCUCUCGGCGUUUCUCUGAUUAGCAGGGCCAACGUCUUCCGCCUGCUGCUGUGUUACUGCCCGGCUGAAACUAAGAGUGGUGACGAUUGUUUCGAUUUAGUAGGUGGGCAACUGGUUUUAUUCAUAGACAGGCCUCAAAGGGGUUCUUUGGAGCUUCCCGCAUCGCACUGGGGACAAUUGCUGCUGCCCCUUGAAGGAAGAGUCUCGCUGUGUGUCUCAAAUUUGGAAGAUAAAGCCACCCAAAUUUGAGUACAACAUGAUCAGAGGCGGCAGAAGCUACGUUUCCUCGUCUCCGGCUUUCUCGAAUGACGCCAAGCGGCUGCUUGUUUGUACGGGCAACACCGUCUCCAUCUUCAGCACUGCCACUGGCCUGCAGAUAGCAUCCUUGGAAGGUCAUGUUGCACUGGUAACAUCAGUCAUAGUGGUACCUGCCUCGAGCCCUGGUAGUAGGAUAUUGUGCUAUUGUUGGACUGCUUCACUUGAUGGGACUAUUCGAUAUUGGGAUUUUUCAGUUCCCGAGUUGAUGAAAACAGUUGAUAUUCGGAUGCCCAUCUUUUCCAUGGUGAUUCCCUCAUUACUAAGGAGUCCAGCUGAUAGUGAAAGAACACAGGGUCUUUAUGCUUAUAUAUCAACUGAGAAUAUAAGAAAAUCUGAAAAGCCCAAAUCCUUGAGUGGACAACUUCGGAAGUGUAAUUUAACCAAGUCGUCACUUAUUGGAGGAGUGAUCUUGAAAGAGACUCUGAGGCCAGAAUUUAUAAGCGUAUGUCCUUCAGGGAGAUUUUUUGGCAUCUCAAGCAAGCGCAAGCUCAUCAUCUGGAAGGUCCCCCAGACUGACUCAGACCAAGUGGCACUUAAGAAGAUAGUCUUGCAUCAUACGAAGGACUUCACGGUCUUGGCGUUUCAUCAAAGUCAGAGAAUAGUAGCUGCUGGUGAUGUCACUGGGAGAAUUUUAAUAUGGAGAGGUUUUGGCAAUAAAACAUUUUCGAACAGUCAUGGAUUAAUGGACGGAAAUUCACAGAAUUAUGAUGAUGUAAGACCCGGGGUUCGGGGAGAUGAUGAUGCAGAAUCUUGCUCAACGUGGCAUUGGCACCCUACAGAAGUUAAUGUCCUUGCAUUCUCUUCUGAUGGCGAAUAUCUUUAUUCUGGAGGAAGGGAAGGUGUACUUGUGGUAUGGCAGCUGGAUACUGGGAAGAAGAAAUUUUUACCACGAAUUGGAUCUCCACUUUUGUAUUUUGUGGACUCUCCUGAUCCCACGCUUGCCUCAAUAUCAUGUGCAGAUAACCAAAUUCAUCUACUGAAAAUGCCUUCUUUGGGGAUUAUGAAGUCCAUAUCAGGAAUCAAGCUUCCUUUUUCGGCUCCAGAAGCACUCAAGGGUAUAUGUGGUCGAUUUGCAUUUGAUAAAGCUGGAUUAGUUGCCCUACGUACUGAAGCCUAUGGAAUACAAUGCUAUAGCUUGCUUGAUGACCGCGGGAUUUCUGAGGUAUAUGUCUGUGAGAGGAACCAUCAACCUGCUGAUGAAGUCACGGUGGUAGUGACUUUAAUGGCUCUCUCAUCAGAUGGCUCUGUGAUGAGUACUGUGGAUGUUAGACUUCCUGAACAAGACAUCGGUGGCCUUAUUUGUCUAAAGUUUUGGACAUCAGCUCCAGAAAACAAACAAUUCACCUUAUCAACAGUCAUCUAUGAGCCUCACAGGGAUUCGCAUGUGUCUUCUAUUGCUUUCCGGCCUAAUCGUCUAAUGGCUGUCACCACAUCCAAGGGUGGAGAUUUUAAGAUUUGGGUAUGCAAAGAUGAGACUCAGCAGAAAAAUGAGUUGGGACAGAGUUCUGGUUGGGUCUGCCAUGCGGUGGGGGCAUACAAGAAAAAGCCAAUGACAGCUGCAGCAUUUUCUGCUGAUGGUUCUGUUCUAGCUGUUGCAGCCGAGACAGUAAUAACAUUAUGGGAUCCCGAUAGGAAUGUUCUUGUUGCUGUACUUGGAGAUACUUUCUCGCCAAUCAAGACUUUGUCAUUCAUUGGGCAGUCGGAAUAUCUAGUUGCUGCCUCUGGUAAUCCCGAUCCACAUCUAUCUGUCUGGAGCUUGUCACAACUCACUAAAUCUUGGUCGUAUAUGCUUCAAGUAGAAGCUGUAGCUUGCAUGGAGAAUUCCUCGAGUUUUGCUGUUGUAGCUCUCCUUCCAAAAUCGUUCACCGAGUCUGAGGAAAUGACAUUUGUGGGGAGAGAUGGAGUAAUCUUAUUAUUUGAUGUUAAGCAACCUUUCCCAGUGGCUUCAUGGUCUGUGAUAAAGGCUGAGGGAGGGGGACUUGCUUUCAUCGAAGGUAAUCCAUUGGGAGAGUACAAUUCUGACUGGAGGCCAAAGCACAGGUUGCUCGCUUUUAUAAAUGGCCAUCAUGAGUACAUCCUCUUUGACCCAUUUGAUGAUCAGGAACUGGUUGAGCACAGUGUUUCUGUUAAUAGAAGUUUGGCUUCUGAAGAAACAGAACAUGUGGGGUAUGCGUCCUUGUACGGGGAGCUGCCGGAGUUUGACUUGAAGAAGAGCCAGAAGGCUGCUGCGGAGGCGGUGGUGGUACCAUCAGAGAGGCCGUGGGAAACAAUCUUCAGCGGGUCAUCACACAAUCUUCCACCGCUCACCAAAUUGUGUGCAGCCUUCCUCGAGUCAUUGCUCGAGAAACGACCCGCUGCUGUAGAGUCAUCAUAGUGCGCUCCCAGAUGGGAGAUUCUUGAUACUCAGGCUGUCUCUCUGCCCAUCUUCUUGGCCUGUUCAGGGUAAAAUUGAAAGAGUUGUACGAUCGAAAGUUGCUGCCUAUCUGGACAAAGAGAAAGGCACAGGUGAAGUUGCCCAGUCUCGAUAAAGAAUGUGGUCAACUGCUCAGAGAGAUUGAUACAGUUUUGUAGCUUAGUUUCGGAGCUCAAUUUUCGUGACCUUUGAGAUCUUUCAAGUGGAGGCAUUUUUGUUUGAUCAAGGUUAUAGAACCUGGAAGGAGAAUUAUGACCCGAGGGAGAAAAUUGUAUUACUUUUGAAAGAUAUAUAUAUAAUUGCGUUGUGUAAUUUUCCUGUUACUAAAUUAUAUUCAUCCAUGAAAUGUGUCAGAUUCGAUUUUUAUUAGUGA